AUGUUCAACGUUGAAAGAAAAGACGAAAACUUAAGAGAAACUCGUUUAUUGACAAAAAGGUCAAAAAGUUCUGUAUAUAUGAUUGAAACUGUUGGAUUACAACCAGCUUCGGAUACUCAUAAUAAAAAGUGUGCCAACUGUAAUAGAGAAGCAUUUGCGGAAUGUUCUUUAUGUAGACGAACGCCGUAUUGUUCUACAUUUUGUCAACGUAAGGAUUGGGCAGGUCAUCAAGUGGAGUGUGUUAGAGGUGCUGCUGAAACUGUAAUGCUUAUAGUAGAAAGUAGUGGUGGAGAUACUAGUACUCUUGCAACCACGGCCGGGGACCAAUAGCUAGUGUUUCUUACACCCAUUCACCAAAGGAAUAUAGAAGCUGAACAAACUAACAUAGGAUGUUCAACGUUGAAAGAAAAGACGAAAACUUAAGAGAAACUCGUUUAUUGACAAAAAGGUCAAAAAGUUCUGUAUAUAUGGUAGUAAAUAUUUUGUAUGUACAUAUAUUAAUUAUAACGAUCAAGUGUAUAAGUUUA